AAAAAUAAAAAAAAUCUACGGAGUGGAAGAACCUGUAAGCAGGGUAUUCUCAUGUCGCACUUUAUGCUCAAGAAGUAAGAAGAGAUGAGACUGGCGUCGGCUCAUUCCAGCUACGUCUCCUUCGGGCUCAAUCGUCCGAAUGCCCCCAAUGUGUUUGAUCAUAUUCCUCUUAGAGCAGGAUCACUCGCCGUAUCCUUCACCGGUGCCGCCGGGAUGCGGAGCGCCGGCGCCGCCUUCUCAAAUCGCUCAGUACAUAACUUUUGUAGGGCCAAUCGAUUGAACCGAAUAUCCAGCUCCAGCUUUCUUUCCGUUGGCGUAAUGACCCACGCAUUCCUUGCCCGUUCCAAAUUAAUCCUAUCAAAGAAGAAUUAUGAAGGCUACAUCCCGGGAACAUUUACUUCUUCCCUCCUUCAACCAUCCCAUUCAUCUUUGCCAGUUCCAUCACACCUCACAUCGUUUGAUCCGCCACAGCGUUCAGAAGAGUGGUUCACACUUCGAAAGGACAAGCUGACAACGAGCUCCUUCAGCACCGCAUUGGGUUUCUGGAAGGGAAACCGUCGGUCCGAGCUAUGGCAACAGAAGGUGUUUUCACCAGAAUCCAACAUUCUUGAAGCCGCUGCAGUGGCUGCCAUGAACUGGGGAGUGGUUAAUGAGGCAGCGGCAAUUGAAUGCUACAAGGGGAUGACAGGUCAAGAAGUGAGCUUCUUAGGGUUUGCGGUGCAUGCCGAAGCGACAUCGGGGUGGCUUGGUGCCUCCCCCGAUGGUCUUGUGGGUUGCUAUCCCAAUGCUGGGAUACUAGAAGUGAAGUGUCCUUACAACAAAGGGAAGCCAGAGCUGGGUUUGCCAUGGCAAGCUGUGCCAUACUACUAUAUGCCCCAGGUGCAGGGCCAGAUGGAGAUAAUGGACAGGAAUUGGGUGGAUUUGUAUUGCUGGACGCCAAAUGGAAGUGUAGUGUUUCGCAUCUUUCGGGAUCUUGACUACUGGGAGCUGAUGCAUCAAAUGUUGCAAGACUUUUGGUGGGGUAGUGUGGUGCCCGCGAGGCAGGCGUUGAUGAUGGGGAAUGAGGGGGAGGCGAAGUCUUAUGAGCCUAAACCAAGGCAUGAUCUGACUGGCAGGAUAAUUGGUAAGAGCAGAAAGCUGGCUGCUCAGGCAAAAAUGCUUUGCCGUGAUAUUGGAGGGCAUGUAGAGUUCUUUAAGUGAUAUUGGUUGUAUCUGUGGUUCAUGGGUGCUCUUUAGGCCCCCUUUAUCUAUGUAUUUGAUUCAUUCGUAUAUGAUAUUUCAUAUUGUUUCAA